AUGAAGUUCUCCAUCGCCGCUAUUGUCACCCUGGCUGCUGCUGCCUCUGCCCAGUACAGCGGGUCUCAGCAGUACCAGCAGCGGCCCCAGCAGUACCAGCAACAGCCUCAGCAGUAUCAGCAGUAUCAGCAGUAUCAGCAGUAUCAGCAGUAUCAGCAGUAUCAGCAGUAUCAGCAGCAGCCGUGGCAAUACACUCAGCAGCAGAACAAGUACUCCCCUGCUCAAGCUCAGGCCUGGUCAACGCCGGCAACACGGGCAGCUCAGUUUCGUGCUCCACUUUCAAGUGCCUCGAUGAAACCGCCGCUCAGUACAGCCGAGGUGGAGCCCUUGCUGGUCUUGGACAAGUUGUCUCCUUGGCUUACAACUUUGGUGGAAUCAUCCCCAAAUGGAUCUUAA